UCUGUCUUGGACACAAAGCUUCCUCUCUCUCUCUCUCUCUCUCUCUCUCUCUCAAUAAAUCGAAGAAGAAGAAGCUGUUAGCAAUCAGUGAAAAUGAGUCGUGGAAGUGGAGGAGGCUACGAUCGCCACAUAACGAUCUUCUCUCCUGAAGGUCGUCUCUUCCAAGUCGAGUACGCUUUCAAGGCUGUCAAAUCAUCCGGAAUAACCUCCAUUGGAGUUCGUGGGAAGGACUCUGUCUGUGUCGUUACCCAGAAGAAAGUCCCGGAUAAACUUUUGGAUCAGACUUGUGUAACCCACCUGUUUCCUAUUACCAAGUACCUCGGAUUGUUGGCCACUGGCAUGACAGCUGACGCAAGGUCAUUGGUGCAACAAGCAAGGAAUGAAGCAGCCGAGUUCCGUUUCAAAUAUGGAUAUGAAAUGCCUGUGGAUGUCUUGGCAAGAUGGAUUGCAGAUAAAUCUCAAAUUUAUACUCAACAUGCCUAUAUGAGACCCCUUGGACUAGUUGCUAUGGUUUUGGGUAUUGAUGAGGAGAAGGGGCCUCAACUCUUCAAGUGUGAUCCGGCUGGCCAUUUUUUUGGGCAUAAGGCAACAAGUGCUGGAUUAAAAGAGCAAGAGGCUAUCAAUUUUUUGGAGAAGAAAAUGAAGAAUGAUCCUGCUUUCUCCUAUGAGGAAACAGUACAGACUGCAAUUUCUGCCCUGCAAUCUGUUUUACAAGAGGAUUUCAAGGCUACUGAGAUUGAGGUUGGAGUUGUGAGGAAAGAUAAUCCAGUUUUCAGAGUCUUGUCAACUGAGGAAAUUGAUGAGCACUUGGUUGCCAUAAGUGAGCGAGACUGAUCAACUCUAGACUCUCUGAUGCUGCUUUGUGAAAUGUCAGUGUUGGUACUUGAAACUAUCUAGUUAUGCUUGAAUUGAAUGUGGAAGUAGAAGUUCCCCUGGAUAUACUUUUUUAAUCAUCAAAGUACAAAAAUUAUGUUUCAGUUUAAACUGUUCCUUGUAUUGCACACGAUUUUUAUGGGAUAACAUGGUUUCAGACUGUUUUUCUGCACUCC